GGGAAACCACAGCAGUCUGUUGCUUCUCUUUUUCUGUAAGAUCAGCUACAAUUAGUUGAUUUCUGCAUGUGAGUGAAUUUACUUUAACUAAUACAUGAAUAUAAUACGAAUCAUAGAUGAUUACACUAUCUAUUUAAGAUGAUGAUAAAAUUUGCACAUAAGACUUCCUGCAGACACACAUACAAUAAAAAGAAGAAAUCCUUGAACAAAUGAUCAACCUGAGGACUGCUGCCAUACAAACUUAAAGGUCCCCCCUACCUGGAGAUCUUCAGUGAGCUGAUAUCAUCCUCAAAGCAUCCAUGGAUCUCAGCGAGGAGGAGUUUACUCCUCUCAUGAUCAGAGACCGUGGAGGCAGCCAGAGGUCCAGUUCGAGCACUGCUUCCAGUCUGCAAGUACACCUGUACUUCUUCCCUCCCACAAAAGAUGCAAUGACAAUACACAUAUCAUCUGGCCAAAUGUAUGCUGAAAAUGUUUGCAUCCAAGCAGCCAAAAGAUGCGGAAUUUUACCAGUUUACCAAAGUCUUUUUGGUCUGGCAUCUGGUGAUCUCUCAUUCUGGUAUCCUCCUUCACACAUGUUCAACACAGAAGAAAACCUACAGGUCCACUUCAGAGUCAGGUUUUUCUUUGGAAACUGGUAUGGACAGGGACCAAGAAUGUCAUACCGCUACAAUCUGACCAGAGACAGAAUUAGUCCUGUGCUUGACUACUCUGUCAUUGACUAUCUCUUUGCCCAGGUACGAAGUGACUUUGUCACAGGUGAAGCCGGAGUGGCUCCACCAUUGAGCGUUCAAGAAGAAUGCCUCGGCCUGGCAGUGCUGGACCUGUGGAGGAUGGCAAAGGAGCAGCAUCGGAGUGUAAGGGAGCUCUGCAAGAUUGUCAGCUACAAAUCUUGCCUUCCAAAGCCACACCGCCACGACAUCCAGAAGCGCAAUCGCCUGGAUCGCUAUCGAAUCAGACAUACUCUCAAGCGUUUCCUAAAGAAGCUUGGAAACUGUUCUGUGGAUGAGUGCUGCCUGAAACUGAAGUACUUGGUCGAAAUGGCUGGCAUUGUUCCCACUUUAGGAAGUGAAGUCUACCACAUGAGCGCUGGUUCUUCCCAUUCCAGUGGAACGUUCACUCAUGUGAAGGUCACUGGGGAAACUGGAAUUCAAACCAGCGGAAGUUGUAAUCCUGAUGGUUCCUUGGAGUGGCAGACUUUCUGUGAUUUCCAGGAGAUAAUUGCCAUCAGUAUGAAGAGGGUAUUUCAUGAUCAGGAGGACAGCAGGAUGGUGACUGUGUUUCGACAUGACGACAGAUACAUGGAAGCCAAUUUCAAGAGUCUCAAAGAAGCACUGUCAUUUGUGUCACUUGUUGACGGCUACUUCAGACUGACCACUGACUCCAGCCACUACUUCUGUCAGGACACUGUGCCUGAAAGUAUUCUGGAGGGUAUCAGAAACCAUUUUCAUGGGCCAAUUACGUCGGAGUUUGCCGUCGACAAGUUGAAAAAAUCUGGAGUUAAAGGUGGAACAUUCCUACUCCGGCAGAGUCCCAAAGAUUUUGAUAACUUCUUCCUCACUGUUUGUAUUCAGACUCCUCUUGGACUUGAUUAUAAAGACUGUCUCAUCGUUAAGAAUGAGCACUACCGUCUUCCCGGUGUCCAGAAGUCAUUUUCCAGUUUAAGAGAGCUCACCAGCUUUUACCAACAACACAAACUUCUGCUGGAUAAUGUUCCUGCCAAGCUCGGCCAUUGCUGUCCCCCAAAACCCAAAGAGCUCACAAAUCUCAUCAUCAUACGUAACGGCAUCUCUGUUGAGGCUCAAGGGUCCCCAACACCUGAGAGGAAAAAGUUCAGUCAUCUUCAGUUCCACAUGAUCAAAUAUGAAGACCUAAAAUGGGGGGAGAGCCUUGGACAGGGAUCUUUUACUCGUGUUUUUAAAGGCUCCAAAACAGACUUUCGUGAUGGGGAGAAAUAUGUGACGGACGUUCUCCUCAAAGAACUAGAUGGUGCUCACAAAAACCGCUGGCAAUCAUUUUUUGAAGCUGCCAGCAUAAUGAGUCAAAUCUCACACAAACGCCUUCUCUUGGUUUAUGGCAUCAGUGUCCAUGGAACAAAAAACAUAAUGGUCCAAGAGUUUGUAAAGUAUGGGGCCCUCGACCUUUACCUGAAGAGGGGGAGAUCCAUGUCAGUGAGCUGGAAACUUGACGUAGUCAAACAGCUUGCAUGCGCCCUCAACUUUCUGGAAGAAAAGAACAUUGUUCAUGGAAAUAUCCGUGCAAAAAAUAUUCUACUGGCCAGAGAAGGUGACGUGUCUCAGCGCAGCUCUCCCUUUAUCAAGCUAAGCGACCCUGGCAUCAGCAUUGCAGUGAUAGGGAGAGAUGUUAUCCUGGACAGGAUUCCCUGGGUGGCCCCGGAGGUGUUGGAGGCUCCAGACAAGCUGACCUUGGCGUGUGAUAAAUGGAGCUUUGGUGCCACUGUGUGGGAGAUCUUUAACAGUGGAAAUGCUCCAUUGCAAGACUGGGACCUUCAACAGAAGCAGCAGUUUUACGAGAGUUUCCGUGAGCUGGCACCCUCUCAGUGGACAGAGCUGGCUGAGCUGAUCAGCCAAUGUAUGAACUACAAAGCGGCCUUUCGACCUUCAUGUCGCAGCCUCAUCCGUGAGCUCAACAGUCUCAUCACAUCAGACUAUGUGAUACUUCAUGCCACUGAGCCUGUAACCCUCAACCCAGUGUGUCAGGCAUCUAGUCCCGCCCUGCAGGACCAGACAUUGUUUGAGGACAGACACCUACUGUACAUCUCCCUACUGGGAAAGGGAAACUUUGGAAGUGUCGAACUGUGUCGUUACGACCCACUGGGAGAUGACACAGGUGAGAUGGUUGCUGUGAAGAAGCUACAGCCCAAUAAGCAAUCAACCCUGGAGGACUUCCGUAAGGAGAUCAAAACCCUCAGCAUGAUGUCUUGCGACUACAUCGUCAAGUACAGAGGGGUCUGCUACAGCAUGGGGCGGCUCAACAUGAGUUUGGUGAUGGAGUAUUUACCACACGGAAGUCUUAUUGUAUAUACAGAAAACAACAGACACAACAUCAACACCAGGCGCUUGCUACUAUUUGCUUCACAGAUCUGUAAAGGCAUGGCGUACCUGCAGACGUUACGUUAUGUGCACCGAGACCUAGCAGCCAGAAAUAUCCUUGUGGCUAGUGAAUCACUGGUGAAAAUUGCUGAUUUUGGACUGACCAAGAUUGUUCCUUUGGACAAAGAGUACUACAGAGUCAAACAGCCUGGAGAAAGUCCCAUCUUCUGGUAUGCCCCAGAAUCCAUCAAUGAUUUUAGAUUCUCCCAAAAGUCAGAUGUGUGGAGUUUUGGAGUUGUUCUUCAUGAGCUCUUUUCCUACUGCGAUAUGAACUCCAACCCCAAAAAACUCUGUAUACAGAGGAUUGGGACCAACGUGCAUGGAUUAUCCAUUUCAAUCCAUCUGCUAAAUAUCCUCAAGGACAAUUGGAGGUUGCCUCCCCCUCCAAACUGCCCGCCCAAGGUGUACGGUUUGAUGAGGCAGUGCUGGGUUUACAACUUUGAGGAGAGGCCAUGUUUCUCCAGCCUGGAGGAUCAACUAGAAAUCAUCAUGCGAGAAGAGAGAGAAAACCUGAGAGACUGACUGGAAGAGCCUCUCGCGGUGCUUCUAAAAAUGGCAAAACGGCAUGCUUGCAGCUGCUCUGCAACCUUCAUAGUCCACACAAGAUUAGACAUACAAUAAGAUUAAACAUAUUCCCGCAGUUCCUCAUAUUUGCUCCACAUCCAACUAUAACAUUAACCCGAGCUGAACAUUUCUCGUGUUAAUGAUAAGUCAAAAUAUUUCACUGAUUUUCCCGCUGUAAUUUCAGGUACCUUUUGGUGUCAUGGUGACAGUAAUAAUUAAUGUGGAACUGGGAAAUAGUGAUUGAGUUUUCUUUGCUGUUGCAUGCACUUUAAAUUAUUGUGCAAUUGGACGGAAACAUAGAUGAGUUGUUGAAUGCUUGAUGACACGAUUCCAACUAAACCCAUUCCAAACCUCAGCAACCAACCUCGGAUAAAGUGCUGAUGAAAAGUAAAGCAAGCUGAAGACAAAUGCAUUUGUUCUUAAUGAGUGGACGAUAACAAUAAGCAGUAUAGAGGGCACUAAAACUUGUACCAGGAACACGUGUCAUAAAGCGUCAUUAAAUAAAUAAAUGAUAAGGUCCAUCCGAUGAGCUGGUGAUUCACUAGAAGUUUAUAAGAGCGUAUUUUUUCAAUUUUGGUGUGUGUGUGGAAGACGUUUCAGUUGGAGGAACUGACAAAAAGUGGGUUGUCUUUUUGGAAUACACAAAAAGUGAAAGACGAGUAUGGCUGAGAUUGAUUGGCAACCAGUCCAGCGGGUAGCCUGCCUCUCUCCCAGCUGGGGUAUUGUCCAGCUCAAGAUGACCUAAUGAGGACAAGCGCUCAAGUAAAUGGAUGGCUGGAUGGAUGGAUAAUUAGAAUGUAUAUUAAGAUUUCAUUUGUACAUAAAAAAAAAAAAAAAGAAUCCGCCUUCACCAUAUGCUAAAUGCUUUUAAAUGAUGCACAUUUGUGGUAAAAUAUAACAUUUCAAGUAUAUGACUGCAUUUUAUUUUUGUUUUAUAUAUAUAUGACCGACUGGUUAGAGCGUCAGCCUCACAGUUCUGAGGACCCGGGUUCAAUCCCUGGCCCCGCCUGUGUGGAGUUUGCAUGUUCUCCACGUGCCUGCGUGGGUUUUCUCCGGGCACUCCGGUUUCCUCCCACAUCCCAAAAACAUGCAUUAAUUGGAGACUCUAAAUCGCCCGUAGGUGUGACUGUGAGUGCGAAUGGUUGUUUGUUUGUAUGUGCCCUGCGAUUGGCUGGCAACCACUUAAGGGUGUACCCCGCCUCCUACCCGAUGACAGCUGGGAUAGGCUCCAGUGCGCCCAUUACCCUAGUGAGGAGAAGCGGCUCAGAAAAUGGAUGGAUGGAUAUAUAUAUAUAUUAGUUUAUUUUCGACUUGUACAACCUUAAGCAGAGGUGGGCAAAGUAUGGCCAGUGGGCCACAUAAUUGCUCUACUCUUUAAUCUUGGCCACCAAGCAUUUAUAUCAUCAAGAGCCCUGUAAUAUUUGUUGCCAUUUUUCCAGAUAAAAUUGCUUGAUUAAAAUGUAUUUACUGACUCUGAUUCUUUUUCAGUCAUUAUUACAAAUAAAAACAAAUUAGUAAAAUAA